AGAGAGAAUACCUGGGAGUUUUUACGAUGUUGAAUUGGGGCGGGGGGGAAAUCAUCCGGUGCGCCAUACCCACGAUGUUGAUGUUGAAAGUCGUGCGCAGCUGUAGGCGUGGGGGGCCGACUCGCCCUUGAAAAGGAAUACCUACAUAGAGUAUAGAUGUUUGGCUUCUACAAUCUCACACCAUUCGAGCAUUUGGUUGUUUACUUUGUACUUGUGAUGCCGUCUCCCGUAUUCUCGGCCGGAGGUGCUUCCGAUAGCUGCGACCCUUGCGGAGGAAGCUAUAGCGUCCGCCUUCCGGUCGAACUAGCGUACAUCUGGAAGAAAAGAAAAAAGGCACGAUCCAGUGAGCCGUUGAGUUUGGCACCCCUGCCUUUGGCGUCUGACAUGUCCUUGUUUGCUUGUUUCUCGUUUUUCUCCCCUUCCCUCAUGGAUAUAGAGUUAGUCAGCGUAUCUGCAGCCUGCGAGGCUUAACUCGUUAAAACCAAGGAAUUGGGACCACCUAGCACUGGCACC